AUGCUGAUGCCGAAAGGAUCCACUGUUAGUCACCGACGUCGUUUCGAAGUGGAUUUCGGACCUCGACCUGGUGAAACGGAUAAGGAAAAACGAAAGGGUCGUAAACCCGCGGACUAUGAGGAAUGGUUCAGCUGUAACGUCUGCGACCAUUUUCGGAUUGGAAUUUCUUUCUCGAAAAAGUCUGUGAAGCUUUAUUCCGCCUUCAGUGAUGCGGACGUUAUACUGGCUUCUCCUCUGGGACUGCAAACGAUCAUUGACAACGAAAAAGAGAAGGAGGCCGACGUGCAAUACAUUACUGCAUCUAUCGAGCUUUUGAUUAUCGAUCAGGCGGAAAUGUUGCUCAUGCAAAAUUGGUCUAACGUACAGCGAAUAGUGUCCUUGCUGAAUCAGCGUCCCACCAACGCUGCAUUUGCUUCAUCCACCCGUAUCCGGUUGGCGUACCUUGCUGGUUAUGGACGCCGAUAUAGACAAACUUUGAUCUUUUCGGCCGUGGAGGCUCCUCAAAUUACUCUCUUGACUGGGGAAUGCGAUAAUUUCCAGGGUCUUAACUUCUUCCCUUCCGUGCCGCGUUUCGAGGACAUUUCCCCUUCUCAUUUCGGGGACGUUACCCACCCACCUGAGGCAAAACGUGCUCGUCUUUUUGCCCGCGGAGCUUACAAGACAGCUGACCAGUUUACCGGAAGCCUAACCAAGUUGCGCGGAGCAUCCAAUGUCAGCGUGAAUCUGAUUCCCUUUGCUGUCUCUGGUCAGGCUUUGUCCACGCUUGAACAUCUUUGCGAUGUGGGUGAUUCAGUAGAUGUUGAUGUCAGUACUGAGGCAGACUGUAUGGCUGCGUCAAAAAAUGAUGAACUUUCCACCCGUCUGGUUUGUCUACACCAGACCUCAACAUCCGUGGAUCGAAUCAGUGACACUGAUCUCUCCUACAUGGCUGGCCGAUCCGUGCCCAUAGCACGAAUGGACACCUUUAAGGCGAGAGUGCUUCCUAGACUACGCCGUGGAACUGACCAGCGUGUUCUCAUUUACGUGCCUGACUUUUACGAUCUGGAGGAACUGCGCUUCGUGUUAUCCAGCGAAUCUUUGGACUUUUGCUGUGUGCACGAAUAUUCAACGGACACCGAGGCAGAUCGGUUCCGCACUCUCUUCUAUCUUGGACGAAUUCGCAUUAUCCUGGUCAGCGAGCGGUAUUACUUCUUCAGGAGGCGCAAAAUACGCGGUGCACAGAAUUUAAUUUUUUUCGGACCUCCUACUUUUCCGUGGUUUCUGAAAGAAUUCAUCGAUUGCCGGCAUAAAGCAAAAGAACUCCCCGACGAACCGCAGCCACUUCAAUUGACUAUCCUUUACUAUCCCCCUUUUGAGGCACACGUUUUGUCAGCACUCACGGGCAGAGUUGACUUGUAG